GUGUUUUCAGUCUCUCCGGGUUGCAUGUACUGUAUGUGGAGCAGCGUACAGUGGAGCGGAGGCAGAGCGGCUCCGCGAGCUCCUCUGCACUUUCCCAUAGAGGAGCCCCGGCUGGCCGCGGAGGGCGAGCUGCACACACGCCCUCGCGCCCGGCGAGCCCGCGAGGGCACUGUCAUACGACAAAGGCUUUGCUGCUGUUCAUCUUAUUCCCGGGUACUUCCCAUUUAUCUUCCUGGAAUUCUGCUGCAUCACAAGAGCUGGAAGUUCUGAUGUUCCAUUGAAAUCACAAUGGAAAGUCUUGACUUGACUGGUUCUAGUAAUGAAAGGCAGUAAUAGAAAUAAAGAUUCAACAGAAGAAGGGACUGGAAAACGACCAAAACGGAAGUGUCUUCAGUGGCAUCCAUUGCUAGCAAAGAAACUUUUGGACUUUUCAGAAGAGGAGGAGGAGGAAGACGAAGAAGAAGAUAUUGAUAAGGUUCAGCUUCUUGGGGCCGAUGGCCUAGAGCAAGAUGUUGGUGAGACUGAAGAUGAUGAAUCACCAGAACAGCGUGCCAGGAGACCAAUGAAUGCAUUUCUUUUAUUUUGCAAACGCCAUCGCUCCCUUGUCCGUCAAGAACACCCUAGGCUUGAUAACCGAGGUGCUACCAAGAUACUAGCUGAUUGGUGGGCUGUUCUCGAUCCAAAGGAAAAACAGAAAUAUACAGACAUGGCUAAGGAGUAUAAAGAUGCAUUUAUGAAAGCAAAUCCUGGCUACAAAUGGUGUCCUACCACAAACAAGCCUGUGAAAUCACCAACACCCACUGUCAAUCCACGAAAGAAACUUUGGGCCUUUCCACCUGACUCUUCAAGAGAUCUGCCAAGUCCCAAGAAAGCAAAGACUGAAGAAAUGCCUCAGCUUAACUUUGGAAUGGCCGAUCCUACCCAAAUGGGAGGGCUGAGCAUGCUGCUGUUAGCUGGAGAACAUGCUCUUGGAACACCAGAGAUAUCCUCUGGCACUUGCAGACCUGAUGUUUCAGAAUCCCCUGAAUUACGGCAGAAGUCACCAUUAUUUCAGUUUGCUGAGAUAUCGUCAAGUACAUCCCAUCCUGAUGUUCCUACAAAGCAGUGUCAAGCAUCAGCCUUGUUUCAGUUUGCAGAGAUCUCCUCACACACUUCCCAGUUGGGUGGCACUGAGUCUGUGAAACGCUGUGGGAAGUCUGCGCUCUUUCAACUGGCAGAGAUGUGCCUAGCCUCAGAGGGGGUAAAAAUGGAAGAUACAAAAGAAUGGAAGAAAGCGAAAGAAUCAGAUGGUGGAAGAAUCACAGAAUUGGAGAAGGGACAGGAAGAAAGAGAAAUAAAAAUGGAGAAAACACAUGAAGAUGGGUUACAAAAGGAAGCAGAAUUCGAAAAAUCAUUUAAAGAUAAUGUAAGAGAGGCUAAGGAAUUGAGAAAUUUUGAAGAGCUACAAAUGGAUGAUGUAAUGGCUAUAAAAAUGGAAGACCCCAAAGAAAUUAGGAAAGAAGAAUUAGGGGAAGACCAAAAAUAUAGUCACUUCCCCGAUUUUUCUUAUUCUGCCAGUAGCAAGAUAAUAAUAAGUGAUGUUCCCAAUAGAAAGGAUCAUAUGUGCCACCCUCAUGGGAUUAUGAUCAUUGAGGAUCCUACUGCCCUAAACAAACCAGAAAAGCUGAAAAAGAAAAAGAAGAAAAGCAAGGUAGAUCGACAUGGAAAUGAUAAAUCCACACCCAAGAAGACUUGCAAAAAGAGGCAGUCUUCCGAAUCUGACAUUGAGAGUGUCAUAUAUACCAUUGAAGCUGUUGCAAAAGGAGACUGGGGUGUUGACAAACUUGGAGACGCCCCAAGAAAGAAGGUCCGCACCUCUUCAAGUGGCAAGGGAAGCAUUUUGGAUGCUAAGCCACCAAAGAAAAAAGUGAAAUCAAGAGAGAAGAAAAUGUCAAAGGAGAAAUCCUCAGACAUCACCAAAGAGUCAAGACCUCCAGAUUUCAUUAGUAUUUCUGCCAGUAAGAGCAUUUCUGGUGAGGUGCCAGAGGGUAUAAAAGCAGAACCAUUGACCCCCACGGAAGAUGUACUACCACCUAACCUUUCUGGACAAGCCAAGCCAGAGGACAGUGAAUGUCACAGAAAAAUAGAGACCUGUGGCUCCAGGAAAUCCGAGAGGUCUUGCAAAGGUGCUCUUUAUAAAACCCUGGUGUCUGAGGGCAUGCUCACCUCUCUGCGAGCUAAUGUUGACAGAGGUAAACGAAGCUCAGGUAAAGGAAACUCCUCUGAUCAUGAAGGAUGUUGGAGUGAGGAAAGCUGGACAUUUAACCAGAGUGGGACCAGUGGGAGCAAGAAGUUCAAGAAGACAAAGCCAAAGGAAGACUCUCUGCUUGGCUCAACAAAGUUGGAUGAAGAAUUUGAAAAGAAAUUCAACAGCCUCCCUCAAUAUAGUCCUGUUACAUUUGACCGGAAAUGUGUAUCUAUUCCAAGAAAAAAGAAGAAGACUGGAAACAUAUCCUCAGAACCAACUAAAACCAGCAAAGGUCCCUUCCAGUCUCAGAAAAAGAACUUAUUCCACAAAAUUGUCAGCAAAUAUAAGCACAAAAAGGAGAAGCCUAAUGUUCCAGAAAAAGGAAGUGGGGAUAAAUGGUCACAUAAGCAAUUCUUCUUGGAUGCCAUUCACCCUACAGAAGCCAUAUUUUCAGAAGACAAAAAUACUAUAGAGCCUGCUCUGAAGGUUAAAAAUGCCCUACCCACUUUCAACACUCCAGAGCCAACAGCAAUGCAAGAACCUCUGGUGGGCAGCCAAAAAAGAAAAGCAAGGAAAACCAAGAUUACCCACCUUGUCAGGACUGCUGAUGGCCGGGUAUCACCAGCAGGAGGUACUUUGGAUGACAAACCAAAGGAACAACUGCAGAGGAGUCUCCCUAAAGCAACUGAGACAGACUGCAAUGACGAUUGUGUACACAGAGCUGAGGCCGGGGAGACACGGAGCAGCACUCCAGAAAUGCCUGCUGUGUCUGCGUUCUUUAGCCUCGCCGCACUGGCAGAGGUAGCAGCCAUGGAGAAUGUGCACAGAGGUCAGAGGUCAACUUCGCUCACCCAUGAUGGACAGCCAAAAGAAAUGCCACAGGCUCCUGUACUUAUUUCUUGUGCUGACCAGUGAUGCACCCUUUAAUUGUAAAACAUUGUGCUUUACCUACUAUCCUAGCCUUGUCUUUACCAAGGGAUGCUAGUGAGUCCGUGUAUGGAAAAUAUAAACUGCAAACAAGAGCUUGUUGCCCUACAUGGCCCAGAUUCACUUGAAGCAGAAGUUAGCAUCCUGGGCCAGUUCUUUCAGAACCCAGAAUCGUUGAGGGUAUCGUUAUCAGUCUGAUAAUGAGCAGAAAUAGAAUAAUCCUGGAGCUCUGCUUUCCGUUGAAGGCUUUUGACGGUAAUAGGUGGUAACUUGGUAAAAGGCUGCCUUUACUGUAGCUCACCCAGCAUCUCUUACCAACGAGAGAGUGUGAAACUAGUUUCAUAUAUUACCUAGUUAUUCUUUCAAAACAAAA